AUGUCUGCGCCCGACACGGCUCUCCUGGACACGCUCUUGGCUGGCCUUUCGGAUCGCAAUGCAGCAACUUGCAUCCUGAGAAGGGCACAGCAGGCCGCACAUGCCCCUGAACAGUAUGUCAAAAAUGUUCGUACCUCCUUAUUCCCGGCCCAUCUUGACCUUCUUAACACGGUAACACCGACAGCUCUAUGGAGGGAAUGCGGUCUGCCUGUGACUGAUGAGAAGAAAGACUCGUUAGUAGCAGCAGAAACAAACUAUCUGGAUCUCAAAAAAAGCCUUGUUCAGAUCAUUGCAACCCAAAAAUCGGUAAUUGAGCAGACAGGUCCGCCGAGUGAUUAUGCCUAUGCAGGUGCAAGUGAUUACUGCCUUUUGCGAAACGCCAUGAGCGACCUUCUUACCUUGGUAGAUGUAAUUGCAGGAAAUACUGAGCUUAAAGAGUUAGCAUUCGAGCUUACAACGGGAGUGACCGUUCCUCCUCCUUGUCUUGUAGCUUCUCUGCAAGAUUUGCGUGGCAAGCUGGAGAGAUUGAUGAAGUUUAAAGAGGCUCUUAGUCGGUAUCGCACGGCUGCGACUGACCUCAAAGCGGUGUUGGAGAACGUUCCUAGGCUGGAACCGCUAACAAUACCCCUCCCAGAUUCGGGUACUCCAUAG